UAUUAAACGCGCGCGCGCGCGCGGCCGGCCGUGCACUGAACCCGACGGACAAGCCGAUCGAUGCAUGCGCCGCGGUGAACGACAGGUGGUGCACCGGAGGGAGUUGUUGGAGCCAGCAAAUGGCGAAGGCCAAGCCACGGCCGGCGGCGGCCAUCCUUCUUCUGCUCAUCAGCUUCCUGGCCGCCGCCGCGGCUGGUGGUGGCUCGGACGCCGAGACGACGGGCGGCGGCGGCGGCAUGGUGGGCGUGGACGGCACGCGGUUCGUGGUGGACGAUGGCAGGCCCAUCUACUUCAGCGGGUUCAACGCCUACUGGCUGAUGCUGGUGGCGUCGGACCCGGCGCGGAGGGGCAAGGUGGUGGCGGCGUUCCGGCAGGCGGCCGACCACGGGCUCAACCUCGCGCGGACCUGGGCGUUCAGCGACGGCGGCGACACGCCGCUGCAGGCGGCGCCGGGCGUCUACGACGAGGCCAUGUUCCAGGGUCUGGACUUCGUGGUCGCCGAAGCCAGGCGGCACGGCAUCUACCUCCUCCUCUGCCUCACAAACAACUUCCACGACUUCGGCGGCAAGCGGCAGUACGUGCAGUGGGCCAGGGACGCCGGCCACCGCCUCGCCACCGACGACGACUUCUUCAACAGCACCGUCGUCAAGGACUACUACAAGAACCACGUCAAGACGGUGCUGACGCGCGUGAACACCCUCACCGGCGUGGCGUACAAGGACGACCCCACCAUCCUCGGCUGGGAGCUCAUGAACGAGCCCCGCUGCGACGCCGAGCCUACCGGCGCCAUGGUGCAGGCGUGGGUGGAGGAGAUGGCGCCGUACGUGAAGUCCAUCGACGGCGAGCACCUGGUGACGGCGGGGCUGGAGGGCUUCUACGGCGCCGGCGCGCACGAGAGCAAGGACCUCAACCCGUGGGGCAUCUACUACGGCACCAACUUCGUCGAGACGCACCGCGCGCGGGGCGUCGACUUCGCCACCAUCCACCUCUACCCGGACGUCUGGCUCUGGGGCUCCGCCGCCGACGCGCAGCUCGCCUUCCUCCGCAACUGGACGCGCUCCCACGCCCGCGACGCCGACCUCUACCUGCGCAAGCCGCUGCUCGUCACCGAGUACGGCAAGUUCCUCUGGGAGGGCGUCGCCGGCGCCAACCGCACCCAGAGGGACUACUUCCUCCGCCUCGUCCUCGACUCCAUCUACGACUCCGCCGCACGGGGAGGGCCGCUCGUCGGCGGCGCGUUCUGGCAGCUGCUCGACGGCGGCAUGGACACGCUCAGGGAUGGAUACGAGAUCAUACUCCCCGAGGAUCGACUCGCCGCCACCAUCAUCGGUAACCACUCCCGCCAGCUGGCCCAGCUCAGCCUCGUCACCUUCACCGGGGAGGACGUCGACAUCGAAGCGGCGGCGCUUCGCCGGAGGAGCAGGAGAAGCCCGCAUAGCAACAGGAAGAUACGCGUACGCAGCGUGGGUGGUCCUAGUGAUAGUGAUAGUUAUUAUACACAAACACAACGGUUGUUGCACAUACUCUUGGUUCGUUUCAUGUCUUUGUUCACAUCAAUUUCUUCAUUGUUCAGUAGUGUAUAGACUAGAGAAAAUUUUAAUGUAUACUCCACUAGGUAAAAAAAUAUAUACUAGUUAGGUGAUGUGUGUGUGUGACAGGUUGUUCUAGAGGUUAGGGUAGACAUAGGCGAGUAUAUAGAGUAUACAUGUUUUUUUUUUCUUUGAGGACAAAUGGCAGGUGCUCCGUUCUUUCAUUUUAGAGAUAUAAGAGGAAGAAACAAAAUUUACAAGAGGUGGUCAAAAUGGAAAGGAACAGCAGCAGAUAGAGCCAAGCCAACAACAAGGUUAAUUUGCCUGAAGUACUACUCGCCUUGCUGCAUAUAUCUUUCAUUGUAAAGGAUUUAUUUCGUUCCGGAUGUUCCGGACCAUGUAUGUUGUUCCCUGUAUCAUAUAUAGAUGCUCACCAAUUCUGUUCGUUAAAAAAAAAUUGAAAAGAUGUUCAGCAA